ACCACGGCUAACGAAAGAGAGAAGCCGUUACUGAUUGGGGCCCUAAAGUCCAACACCGGUCACACGGAGGGGGCGUCGGGUCUGUGCGCCGUCACUAAAGUAAUCCUCGCCUUUGAAAACGAGUUAAUCCCAGCGAACCUACACUUCAAUAGAGCCAACCCAGCGAUUGAGUCCCUAAUCGAGGGUCACAUUCAGCCCAUUAACGAGAAUACCGUGUUUUCGGGCGAUUUGGUCGGUCUCAACAACUUUGGUUUAGGCGGUUCUAACACACACCUCAUACUACGGUCGCCGAAGAUUAAGGCACAGAAAGGCAAUGACCAGAUUGUAGACCACAGGUAUCCGCGUUUAGUGCAGAUAUGCGGACGCAGUCAGGAGGCGGUCGAGUAUUUCUUUGGCAAACUGUUUGAAAAGCCUUCAAAAAUCAGUAGAGAUUUACUGAAUUUGAUUAAUGAGUUGUCAAAGAGCUCGCCCUACGAGACGGGGACCGGAUGUCGGCCCAUGAGAUACCGUGGCUAUACAUUAAUUAGCGCCAACUCCAGUGUCCAAACCGGACUAACUUUCACACCGAUUCAGAUCAACAAAGUGGCCAAAACGAGCCGACAAUUGUGUUUUCUAUACGCGUCAAAAGAGUUUCAAUUGCCAGCGAUUAACAAACAACUAAUGAGUUUUGAUGUCAUCUCAGACUCUAUUCAUAAGUCGGCGAUUGUGUUGAGAGACAAAGGCGUGGAUCUGUUGGCGCUAUUGACUAAACCAAAUGUCGAUUCUAACAAUUGGGCGUUGAAUUCAAUGCUAUCGACGGUCGCCACUCAGAUGGCUUUGACGGAUCAGUUGCGGCACUUGAAUCUCACGGCCGAUCGUAUGAUUGGCUACUCCGCCGGUGAGAUAGUGUGCGCGUAUGCGGACGGCUGUCUCACUGCUCGGGAAACCCUUUUAGUUGCCUAUUAUUGCGGGAAAUUCAUCGACAAAAUGGCAGUCAAAAAGGGUUUAAAUCGCAAGUUUAACGAUUUGAUUGUCUAUAAUAUGGGCCAUUGUUUUGGUCAGUAUUACAAAGAAGUGCUGACCACUGGUCCGGAAGUAAAAUCAUAUAUUGAGACAUUGGUUCAGACGUUAGAUUCAGUGAUCGGAUCCGAUCGAAAAAAGUCCUCUAAAUGGAUCUCAAAUACCAACGAUAAUAACUGCGAUAACAUUAGCGGCAAAUAUUUUGUUAAUUGCCUAAUAUUGCCGGCGAUGUUAAAGAAUACGCUCACCAAUGGUUUGACCAACGGAUCAGUAAUCGUCGACUUGUCUCCGGACACUCUAAUGGCAAAUGAGAUCAUGAAUUUAAAUACAAAUUAUACAUACAUUUCUCUAAUGAAAGGAAUGGAUGACAAUUGCGAGUCAUUAUUGUUGACCGGUUUGGGCCGUCUCUAUACAAAUGGCUUUAAUGUAAAAAGACUGUAUCCUACAGUUGGGGGUCCGGUAUCGACGGGCACUCGAAUGCUGUCGCCAUUUAUCCAAUGGAAUCACACAAAAUCCUACCGUGAGAUCAAAUUUCCCGAUUAUUUUAAUUACUUUCAAAAUCGGUCGGACGAGUCCUAUACCAUCGACUUUAUGAACGUGAACGACAAGUAUAUACUCGAUCACUGUAUUGAUGGCAAAAUCCUAUUCCCGGGCACCGGGUAUCUGAUGCUUGCGUGGCGUUCAUUGGCUUUUCACAAGAAUAUCUCAUUUAAAGAGUUAUCGGUGGAGUUCCGUGACGUACAGCUAUUACGGGUCACACCCGUGACGGCCGACAGUAAAGUCACAUUCAAUGUGAAUUUGGACAGAAGUACCGGACGUUUUCAUAUCACCGAAAGCGGAUCAAUUGUGGUGAGCGGUACUAUACGCGAGAUUCCAGGCGAUCAAUCGCUGCGAUACACGUCUGUAUUGAAUGAAAUACAAUCGAUGGCCGACGCGAGUCACGAAAUGCCCAUUUGUUUGCAAAAUAAAGAUGUGUACAAAAUGUUGAGAAUUCGGGGCUAUAAUUACGGCCCGAGUUUUCGCUGCAUUACAGACGCCCACGAGAUUCAAGACACGUAUUGGUCGGCCGGUAUUGAGUGGCGCGAGAAUUGGGUCACAUUUUGCGAUUGUUUGUUACAGACGUGUCUAAUAACGGAAUCAAAGCAACUGUUGGUUCCGGUGGCCAUCGAAGAGCUCCGAUGCGAUCCAAAACAACUGUUCAGCAAAAGCGGUGUCGAGAGGCGGACAGUAUUUGAUCCACACCUCAAUAUAGUGGUGACGGCGGGACUGGAGAUCCGCGGAGUGCGGGCCAGUCCUCUGCAUAGGAAUGUCAAGUCUCAAAAGCCGGCUCACAUGAGCUAUGAGUUCGUCGCGUUUGACGAGUACUUCAGGCAUGGAUUGAAUAAAGACAUCACGUGUUCAUCAUAUGACGAGCAAAACUUUCUUCGCUCUCAACUCACAAUAUUUGCCGAAAAUCUCAACAAAUUGAGUGGUAAUCGCGUGAAUGUGUUGGAAGUAAAUGAGAGCUCAGCGCCAAUGUAUGGCACAGUUAUGUCGACAAUGGAUAUAUUGCAGUACAGUCUCGACAUUCACUAUGUUUUGAUUGGCCGUAAGACUGAUCUCAAACGAGAAGACAUAAACAUGUAUUCAAAUACUUAUUCUCUCAACAAUUCUUGUCUGGGAUCUGAAGUGAGUGACGGCGGCGUCGAUCUGAUUGUCUAUAAGGAUCAAAGUCUAUGCAAUUUAACCGACGAAACAUUAAAUAAUAACAGCUUAUUAUUUUCAAGCUAUUGGCAAAAACUAACUGAUAUGGGUUUCUUAUUAAUUGUAAUGAAUGCCAGCAAACAUGAAGUGGUGAAGACUGUGGCCCAUAGUAUUGGUUUCCGUCUGAUAUUCAUCGAUUUUACCAACGAUUACAGGCAUUGGUUGCAGAGAUUUCAACGCGAAUUCAGUGGCAUCGGCGACAAACCCAUUGACCAGAAUAUAUAUUUAGUGGCCAACGGGUCGGCUGAGGGUCUGUUGGGUUUCAUGAAAUGCAUACAAAAGGAACCCAACGGACAUCGAGUCCGAUGUCUGCAGAUAAUGGACACAAAUUGCGAUGAUUGGAGUCCCGGAGUAUUGGACAAAACAAAUACUGUGUUAAACAAUAUCAUCAAAAAUAAUUUGGCUAUAAAUGUGUUAAGAGAUGGCAAAGUCGGUCAUUACGUACUCAAUGAGCUGUCGGUGCGGCGCAAGACUGUGGACACCGAACACUGUUUUCUAAAUCUGCAAAAUAGAGGCGAUUUGUCUUCCUUUGAGUGGUUUGAAUGUCAGCACAAGUAUUGGCCGCUAAACCGAAAUAUCGGCGAAAAGUUGGUUCACAUCUACUAUUCGGCCCUCAAUUUCAAAGAUAUAAUGUUAGCGACGGGUCAGUCAAUCGGUUCACAAUCAUCUCAUCUAAUACUCAAUAGUCGACUUCAAUUGAAAGCUCCGGACGGAGAGACCGAAUGCCUGAUUGGGUCAGAAUUUGCGGGAAGAGAUGAGAACAUGAAUCGAGUGAUGGGAAUCGUAUUGUCUAAAGCAUUGGCCACCACUUGUCUGGUUAAUAAAACACACUUUUUGUGGCCGAUUCCCGACCACUGGUCGAUGGAAGAGGCGGCUACUGUUCCCUGCGUUUACGGAACAGCAUAUUAUGCGCUUAUACUUAGGGGUAAAUUACGGCCAAAUGAGACAGUAUUGAUCCAUUCGGGUAGCGGUGGUGUGGGUCAGGCGGCCAUCAGAAUAUGCCUGAGUCUGAACUGUCGGCUAUUAAUAACAGUUGGCUCCGACGCCAAACGCCAGUUCCUUCAGGAAUUGUUCCCGACUUUAGGCGACGAGUGUUUUGUCACAUCCCGAGACGCCACCGCUUUUCGGCGUCACGUUAUGACCGAAACGGACGGCGCGGGCGUCGAUGUGGUCCUUAACUCCCUGUCCGACGACAAACUGUUCGCAAAGAUUGUCACUCAACUCAUCCACUGA